UCCCCGUCGUCGCCGUCAAGAAAUCUACCGGUCAAGGCUCCCUCACUCAAAAUGCCCGGCGUACGAGACAUCAGCGCGGAAGCCUUCAUCUCCGCCUACGCCAGCCACCUCAAGCGCUCUGGCAAGCUCGAGGUUCCUACAUGGGUGGAUAUCGUCAAGACCGGUUCCUACAAAGAGCUCGCUCCCUAUGAUCCCGAUUGGUACUACGUUCGCGCCGCUGCCGUCGCAAGACACAUUUACCUCCGGAAAGACGUCGGCAUCGGCAAGCUGACCAAGCUUCACGGUGGCCGCAACAGGCGCGGCAACCGUCCCUCGCACCAUGGUGAUGCCUCCGCUUCCGUUCAGCGCAAGGUCUGCCAAUCCCUUGAGAAGAUCGGCGUGCUCGAGCAGACCGACAACGGCGGCAGGCGGAUAAGUCAGGACGGCAUGCGUGACCUCGACCGUAUCGCGACUGCUGUCGUCGAGGCGCAGCGCGAGGAAGCCGAGGAAGAAGAAGAAGAGGAGGAGGCUGAGGAGGAGGACGAGGAGUAAACUCGACGCUCCGGCCCACAUUCACAUUGUGUUUUAUGCAUUGCAUGUCUCCUAUGGGUUCCGGUAUGCCCGCAUGCUGUUGAUGCAAAAUGGCAUGACACUUUGCCAGCCAAACCUGCAGAUGCCGCAAGUGCUUACGGACAGUCCAAGCUUUCAUGCAUCAUGCCUUGGGCUUACCUCUCCGAUCGUGCGAAGCUUGCACAAUUUCAAUCGACACCCUACCUGAGAAAGGAUUAGACACGUUUCGUUUUCCAAUAAUUAUUGAGAUCCGGUAUUGAGAUCCGGGCCAGAGCUUAGGGAGUUUGCG